GGUUCGCACCAGUGGCAACGAAAACUGCACUGCCUGUGUCGCAUUUGGCCGCGCUGAUGCUUCGCGCAGGCCAGCCUCAUCAGCAUGCCGGAGGCGGCCGCCCGGCGCCCGAUGACCGCGGAGCUCUGGGACCGGCGCUACUCCAAGCAAGGCUACGCCUACGGUACGGAGCCCAACGAUUUCUUGCGGGAGGUGGCAACGCAGUUGCCAGACACCGGCAGCGCGUUGCUGCUGGGAGAGGGAGAGGGCCGCAACGCCGUCUUCCUUGCGGGUCGCGGGCUCGACUGCACCGCGCUGGACAUCUCCAAAGCAGGGCUGUCCAAGGCGCGGCGGCUGGCGCAAGAGCGGGGAGUGAAGGUCAAGACGGUGGCAGCGGACCUGGGCGACUUCCACUUCGGCAAAGGCGAAAGUUGGGAUGUCAUUGUGUCCAUCUUCUGCCACCUGCCUGGAGAGCUCCGGAGACAGGUUCACGCGGCAGCUGCUGGAGCUCUACGGCCGGGAGGUCUGAUCGUGUUGGAGGCUUUCACCCCCGAGCAGCCUCGCUACAACACCGGCGGGCCUCCAGAUGAAGACCGCCUCGUGACCCUUGAGAUGCUUCGAGAGGAUUUCAGCGGUCUGGAGGUGGUGGGCAGAGCGCUGGAGCGAGAGGUGCUGGAGGGGAGCUAUCACACAGGCCUGAGCUCCGUGGUGCAGCUUUUGGCGCGGAAGUUGCAGGAGCCGUCGGUGCGCUAUCGCCGGCGAGUCGACCAGGCCUUCGCGCAAGCUCAGGAUGUCAACCAGAGAGUGACGGAGCUGCAGGACCCCUUCCUUUCGGUGGCUGGUCAUGCGCUUCACCUGACAGUCAAGGCAAGUGAAGAAGUGGGCCAGUGCCGGUACUGCUGGCUGCCAGAGGAGGACUGCAUUUGUCGUGAGACGUGCGAUCAGGUCAUGAGUGAUGUGCAAUGGGUCUUGCUGUGCCACCCGCUGGAGUUCCUGCGGUCCAGCAGCAGUGGGAAGCUGGUGGCCAGUGUGCUGGGCGGCGACUUUCUGGUCUUCGGUGUCCAGGCCCACGAAGAGCGGCUGGAGGAGGUUCUGGCCGGGGAGGUGCUGCUUCUGCUGCCGGGAGAUGGCAGCAGGACUCUGGCGGAGUGGUCGGAUGAUGCAGCUCCUGACACUGAGCUCACUCUGCUGGUCUUGGAUGGAUCCUGGGAGCAAGUACAGGCAAUGAGGGAUGUGAUCGAAGCCCGCCGCCGCGUCAUGGGUCGUCCGCCCAUACCGUGCUUGAGGCUGGAGGAGGUGGGAGACUUCCAGUCUCCGCUGAUUGAUGCCCUGAAGCCUGGGGCUGGUCGAGGCCGCCUCUCCACCUUCGAAGCCUGCAGUCUCUUCCUCCGAGAGGCGGAGGCCUCGCGGCCCAUUCCCGAGAGCUCCUGGCAGGCGGCGAUGAAGGGGUUGGACCCCAUGGUGCGAGUUCUCCAGCGCCUGCUCUACUUGCCGCCUCCGGUGCCGGAGGAGCACUCUGAAGCCGUGGAGGCCUUGCGCGCGGCGGCGCGCAGCGCCCCGCUCCGGGAGGGCCUGCGCCGCUGCCGCGUGUGCGGCGCCGCCUUCUCUACGCCGUUGCGGAUGCGCGAGCACCUCGUGGGGCGGCGGCACUGCACCGCUGUGGCAGUGCAUGCUCGUGAAGAAGGUGAAGGUCUGGCAGAUCUGAGCCCGGAGGAGGCCAGCCGCAUCUUCACGGCUUACAGCACCGUGCCAUUGUCCCAAAGCUCGCCGGAGCCCCCGGACCUGGCGCUGGUGCGCCUCAGGGCCCAAGGGCUCCUGCAGCGCCGGUCGCAUGCCGCAUCGGAGGAAAAGUUUGCGCGCCGAACGGUCAACGUCAAUGCCAUCAGUCUGUUCAACAAGGAUAAAGAGGUGCUGUUGGAGAUGCGACGGGUCUUCCUGUGCUCACGCUUGGAGUGCGAGCGUUUGCUGGGCGCCUCGGUGGUGUCCCGUCCGUUGAGCACGGGGCUGGUAGGCACGGUGGCCAGAAGCCUGGAAGGAACGGAUGAUGGCCGUCAAGAUGCGCAAGGGCUGUCCGCGCAAGGGCCGUCCGGCCCAAGCCAAGACAACAUGAAGGUGCUCGCGCCCGUGCCGGCGCCAAAGGCUCCCUCGCCUCCGGAGGCGCAUCGCCAGCUGGCGGCGCUCUGCGUCAGCCAGGGCUACGUCCUGCGCUUCGACGGGUUUGAGUCCCUGCCCAGCGGCUUCCGCUGCGUGUUCCGGGUGCAGUGA